AUCCUCAGUUAGCUUCAUACUUGAAUUGGUUCUUUUAGAUGAAUUACUCGAUCUUACGCGAAUAUGGCUGGCCAGCAAUAUGCGCACGAGGAUUAUACGAUCGGAUGGAUAUGUGCUUUGCCAAAGACUGAACUCGUGGCCGCCGCAGCAAUGCUAGACGAGGAACACCCAGUGCUGCCAGCGGCCGAUCCGCAUGACGCCAACUCCUAUCUCCUUGGGAGGAUCGGUGAUCACAAUGUGGUAAUAGCCUGUCUCCCCGCUGAAACAACGGGCAAAGUAUCGGCUGCCACAAUUGCCACAGACUUGAUCCGCAGCUUUCCAUCGAUCAGAUUCGGGCUGAUGGUCGGAAUUGGGGGUGGCGUACCGUAUUACGCAUCACAGCGACAAGAUACGGGCGGUGGAAUAGAAGAGGGUGAUCUUGAUGAUUCAGAAGACGAGAUGGAGGAAAUACCAGAUAUAAGGCUGGGUGAUGUGGUGGUCAGUUUACACACGAAGACCACGGAAGCGGUGGUGCAAUACGAUUUUGGCAAGUCAUUGCAGGCAAAGGGGUUUGUUCAUGCCGGGGGCAGACUGAACAAGCCCCCGAACAUCGUUUUAAAUGCGGUUGCUAGGCUUCAAGCCAAUCAUGCUCGAGGACACCACAAAAUCCCGGAGCUCUUAUCAAAAAUGCUUGCAGAAAAUCCGGCUAUGGCGAAAUUCCAGCACCCCGGUACCAGAAAGGAUCGCCUGUUCAGAGCAGACUUCUUCCAUCUAGAAGGUCAAAAGUCAUGCAAGGCCUGUUGUGGGCUAGAUAAUGCAAACGUUGUAAAGAGGACGGACAGGACUGAUACAGCCCCAAAGAUUCACUAUGGUACCAUUGGGUCUGCCGACCAAGUGAUGAAAGAUGCCAUCCUUAGGGACCAGUGGGCACUGAAGAAGAGCAUUUUAUGCUUCGAGAUGGAAGCUGCCGGGCUGAUGGAUUCAUUUCCUUGCCUCGUCAUCCGAGGUAUUUGCGACUACGCUGAUUCUCAUAAAAAUAAGGUGUGGCAGCCGUAUGCUGCUGCAACGGCUGCGGCUUAUGCAAAAGAGCUGUUACUAGUGAUUCCUGGGCAAGGUGUUACGAAGUUAUCUACGAUCAAGCAGUUAUUGCAUCUCUCUGACCAGAUUGGGGCAAUUGACUCUCGCCUUAAAGAAGCUUUCAAACAACGCGAGACCCACCAUCAUAACCAAGUCAUGCGAUAUCUGACCGAGGACCAACGUCGCUGUCAUCAGGUAUUCAAGACGUCGACUUAUGAAAGGUUCAAAAAUAUCAAUCCCAACCGAGUGGAAGGAACGUGUGAGUGGGCACUAAGGAGCCCUGAGUACCUGCGCUGGUGGAAUGCCAUACGCAACGAUCUCCUGUGGAUCUCGGCGGACCCAGGAUGCGGUAAAUCUGUACUCGCCAAGUCAUUGAUCGAUGAAGUGUUUCCGCUCUCUGACUCGAAUGUCUUCAUUUUAUAUUUUUUUUUUAAGGAUAACGACGAGCAGAACAAUCUGGCCACCGCGUUGUGUGCUGUGCUUCAUCAGCUAUUCAGCUUGCAGCCACAACUGUUACGACAAGCACUGCCGUUUUGGGAAAGAAAUAAAGAGAAAAUUCAGAAUGAAGUGGACGACAUGUGGCGCAUUUUCAUGGCCGCCAUGUCCGAUCCCGCAUUCAGGAAUACAAUCUGUGUAUUCGACGCCCUUGAUGAGUGUCGUGAUCAUGAUCAGAAACUCUUGAUUGAGAAACUCGGUGACUUUAAUAACAGACGUCCGGCUGGUCAAGGAAAUUGGCUGAAGUUUCUAGUGACAAGUCGACCAUAUGAUGAUAUUCAAGAUCGGUUUCGGCCAUUGACUGAGCGUUUUCCGCAGAUUCAUCUCCGCGGUGAAGAAGAGAAUGAUCAAAUCCAUGAAGAGAUCAAUCUAGUAGUAAGAGUCAAAUUGGCUGAGCUAGGGAAGGACCUACGUCUGCGUGCAGACACGCAGGAGCGGCUCGAAAGAGAGUUAUGCGAAAUGAAGCAUCGCACAUACCUGUGGUUGUAUUUAGCAAUAGAUGAUAUCAGAAGAACGUUGAAAAAUAGUCUUCGGCCAGACCAUGAAACCAUUCCACCACUUCCGAAGAAUGUCCCUGAGGCAUACGAACGAAUACUAGAUCGAGUUCCUUCAGACGAGAAAACCAAGGUGGAAACCAUUCUGCGAAUUAUUGUUGGCGCAUGA